AUGAUCAUUGAAGAUGUUGCUGUGGUCUUCACGCACGAAGAGUGGGAUUUGCUGGAUCCUGCUCAGAGGAAACUCUACAGAGACGUGAUGAUGGAAACCUUGAGAAACCUGGCUUCAGUCGGAACUCACAGUGCACAGAGGCCAUUUGAAUGUGAAGAGUGUAGGAAAUCCUUUAGGGAUUCCUCACAGCAGAGUCGACAUUUGCAAACUCACAGUGGAGACAGGCUCUAUGAAUGUAAUCAAUGUGAGAAAGAGUGUAGCUGCCCCUCAAGGCUCACGAGACAUAAAACAGUCCAUAGUGCAAAGAGGGCUUAUGAAUGUAAGGAGUGUGGGAAAGCCUUUAGAACAACUUCACAACUUACAACACAUAGAGGAAUUCACAGUGCGGAGAGGCCCUAUGAAUGUAAGGAGUGUGGGAAAGGCUUUGUAACACCCUCAAGACUCAGAACACAUACAGUAAUUCACAGUGGAGAGAGGCCCUAUGAAUGUAAAGAAUGUGGAAAAGCCUUUAGAACAACCGCACAUCUUACAGCACAUAGAAUAAUCCACAGUGGAGAGAAGCCUUAUGAAUGUAAGGAGUGUGGGAAAACCUUUAGCAGAACCUCACACCUUAAAACACAUGAAAUAAUACACAGUGCAGAGAGGCCCUAUGAAUGUAAGGAAUGUGGGAAAGGCUUUCUAACACCCUCAAACCUCAGAAGACAUACAAUAAUCCACAGUGGAGAGAGGCCCUAUGAAUGUAAAGAAUGUGGAAAAGCCUUUGUCACAACCUCACAUCUUACAGCACAUAGAAUAAUCCACAGUGGAGAGAAGCCUUAUGAAUGUAAGGAGUGUGGGAAAACCUUUAAAAGCACCUCACACCUUAAAAUACAUAGAAUAAUCCACAGUGCAGAGAGGCCCUAUGAAUGUAAGGAGUGUGGGAAAGCGUUUAGAACAACUUCACACCUUAGAAGACAUAGAAGAAUCCACAGUGCAGAGAGCCUCUGUGAAUGUAAGGAGUGUGGGAAAGCAUUUAGAACAACUGGACACCUUAGAAGACAUAGAAGAAUCCACAGCUGUCCCUAUUAG